AUGUUUUGCUGUACUUUGAGAUGCGGUUUGGACGAGGUGUACGAUAUUUCGGAUCUAUACUUUUCACAGUUGGUACUUUACUUACCGGUUGCCAUAUAUGUGCCAGCGCUUACCUUCAACCAAGUGAGUGGAAUCGAUAUACAUUUGAUUACACCGAUAGUUUGUCUUGUGUGUACUUUUUAUACUUGUGCGGGCGGUCUUAAAGCUGUAGUUUGGACUGAUGUUAUACAGAGUUUCGUUAUGUACGGAACUGUUAUAUUGAUAUGCAUAAAGGGUACUUAUGAUGUGGGAGGCUUAAGUGUGGUUUUAGAACGUAAUGCAGCAAGUGGUCGUCUAAAUGCGCCAGAUGUUACUUGGGAUCCUACUGUACGGCUUUCUAUACUUUCAGUACUUGUGGGUGGAACACUCCAUAAAAUACAAUCAUCUGAUGUAAAUCAAGUUUCCAUACAACGAUUUUUAUCAUUACCUACCCUGAAAAAAGUUAAACAGACUAUGAUCGUAUAUACAAUUUUAUUGAUAUUUUUACUUUUUUGCUGUUGUUAUAUGGGUUUAAUAACAUAUGCUACUUUCCACGACUGUGAUCCAUUGACGACGAAGCUUGCAACCGCUAGGGAUCAAUUGCCCACACUUUUAGUGAUGCGUACAUUAGGUGCAAUUCCAGGACUACCAGGACUCUUUGUGGCUGGGGUCUUCAGUGCUGCGUUGAGCUCACUUUCUACUGGGCUGAAUUCUUUGGCGUGUGUUAUAUCGCAAGAUAUAGUUAAACCAUUAAUAAAACCUCUUACGGAUGUACAAAUGGCUGUGUUACUGCGUUUAAUUGUGGUAUUUUUUGGUGUGGUGUGUAUGGCAUUGGUUUUCGUGGUGGAAAAGUUAGGCAUGGUAUUGCAGUUAUCAACGAUGAUAUCAGCCGUUUCAAUGGGACCAUUGCUGGGUAUCUACACUAUGGGUGUAUGCUUACCUUGGAUUAAUGGCAAGAGUGCACUGACAGGUGGCUUAGUGUCCUUUUUUACCACAAGUUGGUUAAUAACAAAUGCCCAAAUAUCACAAAUGAAAGGUGAGCUUAGACAUCCUACGUUACCUGUAUCCGUAGAAGGGUGUUCAUAUGCAUACGAUAAUUUUACAAUUGCUUUUCAGACAGAACAGUACGAUGGUUCCAGUGAACGAAAUAUAUAUCAUUUAUCAUUUCUGUGGUUUACAUCUCUAGGUGGCGUAAUAUGUAUUACUGUAGCUGCUUUGUCUUCAUUAUAUUAUGGAAGAAAUAAUAUUAAGAAAAUAGAUCCUGCCCUAUUGUCACCUCUAAUAAAACGUUAUUUGCCGAAACAUCAAAGUGAUAUUAGUAAUGUUGAGAUAGAAAAUAUUUUAAAAAAUUGAUUUCAAUAUUUUAUAAUAAAAU